AUGGAAAAUAUUAAUAUUUAAUUAGAAUAUAUUAACUAAUAGAAAUAAUAAAAUUUAUAUUAAGAAAUAAUAGGAAAAUCAUAUGAAAAUAUAAAAAAAAACAUACCUAAAAAAUAUAUAGCAUUUAGAGAAUAUAUAAAUUAAAUGAAAAAAUAAAUGUUAUUAGAAAAACAUCCUCAUUUAAAUGCAAAUUAAUAUUUUUUAAUAUAUAAAUUAGCUAUUGAAACUAAAAUAUAAAGAUUAGUUGAAGUUUCUAUAAAUGCAAUAUGUUUAUUAACUUUAAAUAAUUUUUUAGAUGGAAAUUGUGAAGAUUAUGCAUAUAAUAUUAAUUUAGAAGAUUUUAAAGAAUAAUUAGAGUAAAAUAAAUAAAAUCAAGUAAACAAAAAUAGAACAUUAUUAUAAACUAUAAUUGAAACAAUAAUAUAAACUGUAAGUUCUAAAGAAGAAACUAUAUAAUUAAAUGUAAUUUAAAUUAUUUAAUAAUUAGGAACACAUACAAAAACUGAAUUACAUAAUAAUUAUUUGACUUUAGCAUUAGAAACAUUAAUAUAAAUAUAUUCAAGUAAAAAAAAAAUGAAAUAAAAAGAUAUUUCGCCUAAUAAUAAUACAAAUAGUUAAGAAGAAGUAACUUAAGGAGACUUUAGUGGAUAUUUAGAAGAUUUAAAUUUUUAUAUAAAAUAAUAAAAUUAAUAUUUAAAUAAAAAAUUAACAUACUAAAAUAUAUGUUAUAAUUAGCUUUAGAAUAUAAUAGAUAAUGUUUGUAUUAAAAACAAUGAAAUAAUAAAUGAAAUCUAAUAAAAAGCAGGAAAAUUUGGAUGGUGUUCCUUUUGUAGAAAUACUGCGAAUUUAUUCUGUAAAUAAUUAAAUGUAGGCAUAUGUUCUUAAUAAUGCAAAAAUAACUUAAUCGAAUAAGAAUAGAAAAUAAAUAUAGAGGGAGAUAAUUAUGUUAGAAUAUGUAAAAUAGCUUAUUAAGAUUGUUUAACUAUUUUAAGUUGUUUAUGUUAUAUUUUAACUUCUGAAUAGGAAUAAAUGAUUAAUUUAAUGGGAAACAAUAAUAAAUAUAAAAUAAUUGUAUUGAAAAUUCUUUAUUCCAUUUUCGAUUUAAAAGGAAGCACUUUUUUCGAAAAAUAAUAGGCAAUUUAAAUUAUUAAAAAUAAUUUUUUUAAUGGAAUUCUGAAAUGUUCUUUACAUAAUGAUAGUAAUAUUUUAUAAUAGGCUUUUUCAAUUUUCCUUUUGUUGAUUAUUUAUCAUAAAAAAGAAUUAAAAAACGAAAUUCUUAUUUUUUUAAAUGAAAUUAUCAUUAAAUUACUAUAAAGUACAAAUUCUAGUUCUUCACAUAAGUAUUUGGCUUUAUAAGUUAUUAAUAAUUAUUUUCAAUAAAAUCAAAUUGUUAUAGAUUUUUAUGUAAAUUAUGAUUGCUCACCCAAUUAAGCUUAAUUAACCUAUAAUAUUGUUUAGAUAUUGAGUUUAAUUGCUACUGGAUAUUAUUAAAAUCCUGAAUUUUAAUUAAUGGUAAGUCCUUAAUAAGAAUAAAGUUUGAGUACUUAUGCAAUAGAAACUUUAUUUAUUAAAAUUAAAUCUAUAUAUGAGUAUUAUGAGAACUAUUAAGUUUUGAAUAAAAAUAAUAAUUUGGAUGAUAAUUCUAAUAAUAUACAUAAUACUUAAAUAGAAGAAACGAAAGACAAUAUUUAAAUACCUAAAAUAGAUACAGCUUUAUUAUAAAAUUAAAUUGAUAGACAACAUUAUAUUAAAAUAGAAACUUAAAGAGCAAUUUCUAAAUUUAAUAAAAAACCAAAUACAGGUAUUAAACAUUUAGUAGAAGCUGGCAUUUUAUAAGCAGAUGACGCAAAAGGAAUUGCAAAGUUUUAAAAAGCAUAAAUAGUAGAUAGAAUACUUUAAAAAUUCGGAGAUAAAUUCUAAUCUGAUAAUCCUGAUAUAUUUAGUAGUGCUAGUGGAGCUUAUACAUUAUCUUUUUUAUUAAUUAUGUUAUAAACGGAUUUAUAUAAUCCUUAAGUCAAAGAGAAAAUGAAAUUAGAAGAUUUUAUUAAAAUCGCAAAAGGAAUAGAGGGCGAGAACUUAGAAAAUGAAUAUUUAAGUGAAUUAUAUAAUAGUAUAAAAAAAAGUCCUUUAGCAUUACAUGAGAAGGCUAAAAUAAAGUAGGAUUUAUAAGAAACUCUAUAGACUUCAGUAAGGAAGAAAUAGCAUUUGUUUCUAUAAGAAUCCCUUUAGAUGAUAUAAAAUGGGAAAAAAUUAUUAUAAAAAAAUUAAUCUUAAUAAAAAUUUGUUUAAGCGAAUUCUAUUUAUUAUCUAGCACCUUUAAUAGAGUGUAUUUCUUAAGAAAUACUGAAAAGUUUAAAAUAUGCCUUUUAAAAUUACGAUGAAGAGAAUAACUAUACUAUUUGUGUAGAAAGUUUCUAAUGUAUGAUUUAUUUAUAUGGAUAAUUUAAUAUGGAAUAUGAAAAAGAUUUAUUUUUGGAAGAAAUGUGCAAUCUUUAUAAUUUUAGUCUUUUUUCGUUUAAUAAUUUUUAAAAAAAACACAUUUUUUUAAUCAAUAGUUUGCUUUCUUUUUCUUUGAAAAUAGGAAAUUUUCUUAGAAAAGGAUGGUAUUUCAUACUUAAUUUAACUAGCAAAUUACAUUAGGUAGGGCUUAUUAGAAAUAAAAAAAUCGAAAUAAAAAAAUCUACCUAUAAUUUGGAUGAAAUCUAGAUUAAUUAACAACAAAAUUUAUUUUUUGAUACUGAUAUAAUUGAAAUGAUAUUCAUUAAUAGCUCCCAUUUAGAUGGGGAAUCUAUUUAGGAUUUCGUUAUUGCACUUUGUAGGGUAUCUUAUGAAGAAUUAAUGCAAAAUUCGCAAGUCCCGAUUAUUUUUUCGUUAUAAAAAGUAGUAGAAAUUGCAGAGCUUAAUAUGGGAAGAAUAGUUAUUAUCUGGAAUAGAAUAUGGAUAACCAUUAGAUGCCAUUUUGCGGAAAUCGGGUGCAGUUAAAAUAUUACUAUAGCAAUGAACGCAGUAGAUAAUUUGAAACAACUUUCAUAGAAACUUUUUGGUAAAAAAGAAAGAUUCAAUUUAACUUUUUAGAAAGAUUUUUUAAAGGUUUUUGAAAUAAUUUUUUUAAAAUAAAAUAUAUUUAUUAAAAUUUUCAUUUUGGAUUGUAUAAAAGCUUUUUGUACAAAUUUUUAUCGCAAAAUUAAAUCUGGCUGGAAAAUUAUUUUUAAUAUUAUAAAUUAUGCAAUAUAAGAUAAUAAUACAGAUUUAUCGAAAAAUGCUUUUUAAAUUUUAAAAUUAAUAAUUGAUUAGGAUUUAAAUAUUAUAUAUGAUUUGUAUGCUGAUAUAGUCUAAUGUUUAACAUCUUUAAGUAAAAAUAAGGAAGAAAAAUUUGCUUUUACCUCAAUUUAAUAUGUUGAAUAAUAUAUAAAAUAUAUAUUUGAAAAUGAAAGUACAAAAACAAAAGAUAGUAAUAAAAUAUAAAAAAUAUUAUAUAUAUUUAAAUAAUAUAUAUAUAUAGCCUAUUGGUUUCCAUUAUUAGGAGUAUUAACUAUUUUAUGUGGAGAUUAAAGGCAUAAUAUAUAAGCUAAAGGAAUGGAUAGUUUAUUUAAUAUACUUUCUUUAUAUGGACAUGUUUUUACAAUAGAAUUUUGGCGAAUGAUUUUUUAGGGAGUUUUAAGGCCUUUGUUUGAUGAGAUGUAGUUUACUUUUUAAUAGAUGAUUUUUAAAAAAUAGUCUAAAGAAUUAAUUUGGUUAAAAAAUUCUAUCAAUAAAGCUUAUACAGAUAUAACAAAGUUACUUUUUGAUUAUUAUGAUAAACUAGGAUCUUUAUUGGGUGAAUUUAUAAAGACUUAUGAAAAUUGCAUAAAUAAUACAAAUGAUUAAAUUAUUUAAUUGAGUGUAAAUGCGUCUAAAAAUACGAUUAUGAGUUUAGGAAUAAAGUUUAUUGAUAGUGAUUGGGAUAUUAUUUUGGAUUUUUUCGAUAGGAUAAUUAGAAUAACAACGCCAGUGAAAUUAUAAGAAAUUAAUUUUGAUGAAAAGAGUUAAUAAAUUGUUUAAGAUUUAAAAGGAAAAAGAAGAGAAAGUUUUUUAAAAUUAAAAAAUUAAAAAAUUAGUUUCGAGGUUAUUUAUUCAUAAUCAGAAGCUCAUAUUUUAAUAUUAAAAGUAAUUAAAGAUGUUUUAGAUAAUUUUCAUGAAUAAUUAAAUAUGAAAUAAUUAGAUAAUUUAUAAAAUAUAAUAAAAAAAUCAAAUUCUUUUGCAAUAAAAUUUAAUAAAUAAAUUUUCCUAAGAUAUUGUAUAUGGAAAUUAGAUUUAAUUUAAAUUAUUAAUAAUCAAUAAUAAAAUUAUUAAAAAUUUUAAUAAUAAUAAAUGCAAUUAGAAGAUCAAGAUGAAGAUACAAUUGAAUUUAUUAUCGAGAAUAUAUAAAUAACAGAAAUGUAAAGACAUGUAAGAAAUUAUAGGGCUAUUAUUUACGAAACCGUUCUUCCUAUAUUAGAAUCAAUUAAUUUAAAUUAUAUUGAAAAUAAAACGAAAGAAAUAUAUUGUUUAUUAUUUGAUAUGAUUUAAUAUACUUAAAAUAAAAGUUUUAGUUAAAUUGUAUGUUAUUAGUGUAAAAAUUGUAAUAAAUGUGGAGAUUAAGAAGAGUAUUUAGAUAUUUAAGUUAGAAAAAUUAUGAAAAGCUUUUAUUUAUUUAUUUUUGAAAGUACAGAUAAUGAUAAUAAACAUAUGAAUAAUUUAAAUGAUUUUUUUUAAUAUUUUUUUUUAUCAAUAGCACAUAAGCAUUUUAGCACCAUGAUUAUUACUUAAAAUCAUUUUCAAGCUAUUUUUUUUCAAGAGCAUUUUUUUAAAGUAAUUAAAUCUUAUUUAUUAUUUAACAUUUUUCAUAUAUGUAAUUAAUGUUUCUUAAUCUUUUUGAAUUUUCAAUUGUUCUUUCAUUUAUUUCUUUUGUUUUUUCUUUAAAUUUCUUUCACUAUUUAAAGAAAUUAUAUUUACUUAGUUUUUAUUAUCGUUUACAAUAACAAUUUAUUUAAGAUCAGUUAAUUUAAAAAGCUUUUCAUUUUAAAAGUUAUUAUUUGUUUCUUCUUUUUAUACUUCUAAGAAGUUAUUUAUUUUUUAUCCAAUCAAAUUCAAUGGCUUAUCAUUUUAAAUUCCAUUUAUGAUAACGAUUUCUUAUAAAUCACUUAAUUAUAGUAGUUAUUCUUCUUAAUUCUUUUAACAAACUUAACAAGAAGGAGUAGAAUUCUCAAAAAUUAAAUUUAAAGGAUUUUUAAUAGAAUUAUUAUUAAUAAUUACAUUAUCUUAAGGAAGACACUAAGAUUUUUGUUCGAAAAUCUCACAUUCAGAAGCUUGAGUAGAAAUGGAUUUAUUUUUUAAAGAAUUAGUUUAAAUUUCAAUAUGAGAAAAAGCGGGAUUUUAAGUUUAAAUAUCAGCAUGAGAAAUUUGAGACUUUUAUGUUUGAAUUUCUAUAUGAGAAAUUAAAGGUUUAUUAGUUUAAAUAAUGGCAUUAUUAGUAGCAACCUAUAUUGUUUAUAUAAAAGUAUGGUUUAUUUAAGGAGUUUAAUUAUUUUAACUACGCGAAGCUUAAAUAUUUGGUUUUGAGGUUUAUAUUGAAAUAUUUAUUUUUUCGAUUUAAUUUAUUUUUUAAAGAAAAGUUGUUUUUUAGAGUAAUUCUUUUUCUAUUUAUAUUAAUUUUUAAUGAAUUUUUUUAUUUUCGGUUAUUAAAUCUUGGACUUAUAUGAAGUUUUCUUGUUUUAUAGAAAAAAUUCUCUACUCGGCAUUUCUAAGAGAUAUUUCUAGUAGUUUCUUAGAUUCUAAUUGAUUUUUUUAUGUUUAGAAUUGAGAUUCUAAGUGUUUAAUGUAUUCUUUUUGGAGAGUAUUUUCUACUUCUACUUUUCUUUUUUCUUCAAAUAGAGUUUAAUUCAGUUUGCUAUUUUUAAAAAGGUUACUUUCGAGUUCUUCAUUUUAUAUUUUGGAAGCUUCUAAAAGACUUUUUUAUUUUAAAAAUUUCUUCUUUAACAUUUCGAAGGAUGUGAGUUGAAUUUUUAAACUUUCAAUAGUUUCUUGACAGUCUACUUGUUUCUUUUCCAUUAUUCUUCGGAUUAGUAUUUAUUCUUCUAAAGCUUAAUUUAAAGUUUAUAUUGAUUUAUUCAUUUUUUCUAAUGUUUUUUGUUAUUAAUUAAGCUCGUUUAAGGCAUCUUAGAGUUUUUCACUAUCUCCCUUAAUUAAUUCGAAGUCGUCCAU